UGGUAAAAUUAAUAAGGAUCAGGGAAAUUCACAGAGACUUUGAGCCACUAUUUCACGUUGUCUACAUUGUCAAGCACACAUCAGUGAAGUCACACAUGGACUCCCCUUUGUAAGCUUAUCAAUGCAAACGACAGAGAUUUGGAAAAUUGAGUUACCCAACAAAAGCUGAGGUGCCACAGCAAGUGCAUGCAGCCUUCAGGCCAUAAAAACGCAACUUUGAUACCCCUGGGUGUGUAUGACUGUAGCUUUAAUGCGAUAUCCCUGUGGGGGGCAGCACAGGUCCACACUAUGCACCCACGAUCACAAGCCUGCUCUGCAUUUGGCCCUUUCGCUCUCGCCCCUCUUCUGGCUUCUCCCAUUUAUCCUCUCUCCGCUUGACCCAUCCCCCCUGCGCCCCAACUAGCCUUUCUCCCCCUCGGCUUCCAGCCCCCGGCUUUGUUCUCGCGGAACAUUUGAGAGCAAAGUAAGGGCACCGACUUCAGCUGCGGUUCCUGCGCAUGCUCACAUCACCGGGGCACGCUCCGGGUCCCAGCGACGUGCGUCAACAGCGGCAGGGCUAGUCGCGAAGCCGGUGGGGGGAGGGGGUGAACGCCGCGCGCGCGCUCGCGCCCCGUUUCCCAGCCCAGCGCCUGUGAUUGGUGCAGGCCCCGGACCUGGCGGCCCCGAAUGCAAGGCCCCGGCGGCGGCGGAGUCCUGCGGCCCGACCGACCCUCAGCCGGCUCCGACCCCGCGGCUCGGCGCAGGGACCCGCAAAGAUAUUUGUGAAAGAGCUUAGCUGACUAUGGAUCCAGGUGGUGGAAGUCUUGGAUUGCAGACACAAGAGUCCAAAAUGCCUCACACUAUGAUUAUGCAAGAUUUUGUGGCUGGAAUGGCUGGCACUGCUCAUAUUGAUGGCGACCAUAUUGUUGUAUCAGUCCCUGAAGCUGUAUUAGUUUCUGAUGUUGUCACAGAUGACGGGAUAACUCUUGAUCAUGGCUUAGCUGCUGAAGUUGUCCAAGGACCAGAUAUCAUCACUGAAACUGAUGUUGUAACAGAAGGUGUAAUUGUUCCUGAAUCUGUGUUGGAAGCUGAUGUUGCUAUUGAAGAAGCUUUAGAUACCAGUGAUCAUGUUUUGACUUCUGAUCUAAUAACGGAAACUGUUAGAGUUCCUGAUCAGGUUUUCGUGGCUGACCUUGUUACGGGUCCUGAUGGACAUUUGGAACAUGUGGUGCAAGACUCUGUGUCAGGAGCUGACUCACCCACAAUGGUUUCAGAAGAAGUUCUUGUAACUAAUUCAGAUUCAGAAACUGUGAUUCAAGCAGCCAGUACUGUUCCUGGUUCUACGGUUACAAUAAAAACUGAAGAUGAUGAUGAUGGCAAGAGCACUUCUGAAGACUACUUAAUGAUAUCUUUGGAUGAUGUUGGAGAAAAAUUAGACCAUAUUGGAAGCACACCUUUAAAAAUCAGCACUGAGGUUUCACACGAUGAUGUUUCUAAAGACGAUGGGUUUGGUUCAGAAGUUAUAAAAGUGUAUAUAUUUAAAGCUGAAGCUGAGGAUGACGUGGAAAUAGGAGGAACGGAAAUUGUCACAGAGAGUGACUUUCACAAUGGACAUUCUGUUGCUGGAGUAAUUGAACAGGGAAGUGUAGGCAGAAUGCAGCGAGAGAAGAUGGUUUACAUGGCUGUUAAGGACUCUUCUCAGGAAGAUGAAGAUAUUAGUUGUGCUGAAAUAGCAGAUGAAGUUUAUAUGGAGGUCAUUGUAGGUGAAGAGGAAGCAACAUCACUUCCCGACACACAACUUGAAGACUCUGGUGUGAAUAAAACUUUUGUUCCUGUUGCUUGGGCUGCUGCUUAUGGAGAUGAAAGAAGAUUGCCCAGAAGGUAUGAAGACUGUCAAGCAGCAGGAAAUAACUUGGAUACACGAUUAGAAAACAAAAAUGGUAAUGCAGCACAGUACCUGCAAAUCUGUGAUAGCAUUAACACAAAUAGAGCGCUUAAACAAAAAGCCAAGAAGAGGAGGAGGGGAGAAACCAGGCAGUGGCAAACAGCUGUUAUAAUAGGUCCUGACGGACAGCCCUUAACUGUCUACCCUUGUCACAUAUGUGGGAAAAAAUUUAAAUCCAGAGGAUUCCUGAAAAGGCAUAUGAAGAACCACCCAGAUCAUAUGAUUAAGAAGAAAUACCAGUGUACGGACUGUGACUUUACAACUAACAAAAAAGUAAGUUUCCACAAUCAUCUGGAAAGCCAUAAACUUAUAAAUAAAGUUGACAAAACCCAUGAGUUUACAGAAUAUACAAGGAGAUACAGAGAGGCAAGCCCAUUGAGUUCUAAUAAACUGAUAUUGAGGGACAAGGAGCCUAAACUACACAAAUGCAAGUACUGUGACUAUGAGACUGCAGAACAGGGACUGCUGAAUAGACAUCUGCUUGCAGUUCACAGCAAGAACUUUCCUCAUGUUUGUGUUGAGUGUGGGAAAGGAUUCCGUCAUCCAUCUGAGCUUAAAAAGCAUAUGAGGACCCACACAGGGGAAAAACCGUACCAGUGUCAGCACUGUGUCUUCAGAUGUGCUGAUCAAUCCAAUCUGAAAACACAUAUAAAAACCAAACAUGGGACUGAUUUACCAUUUAAAUGUGAACAUUGUCCCCAAGCAUUCACAGAUGAAAAAGAACUUCUUCAGCACACAGAGUUAUUUCAAGGACAUAAGACUCAUCAGUGUCCACAUUGUGACCAUAAGAGCACCAACUCAAGCGACCUGAAACGACACAUUAUUUCCGUUCACACGAAGGACUUUCCCCACAAAUGUGAGGUGUGUGAAAAAGGCUUCCAUCGUCCAUCUGAGCUCAAAAAGCAUAGUGAAACCCACAAAGGUAAAAAGAUACAUCAGUGUAGGCACUGUGACUUUAAAACUUCAGAUCCUUUUGUACUUAGUGGGCAUAUCCUCUCAGUUCACACCAAGGACCUGCCUUUUAAAUGCAAAAGGUGCAAGAGAGGAUUUAGGCAGCAAAAUGAACUUAAGAAGCACAUGAAGACCCACAGUGGAAGAAAAGUGUAUCAAUGCCAGUAUUGUGAAUAUAGCACUACGGAUGCAUCAGGCUUUAAACGACAUGUAAUAUCAAUACACACAAAAGACUAUCCACACAGGUGUGAAUACUGCAAAAAGGGAUUCCGUAGACCAUCAGAAAAAAAUCAACAUAUAAUGAGGCAUCACAAAGAGGCCAUAAUGUAAUAUAUGAUGUUGAGAAGGAAGCAAUUUAGAAACUGUGAUAUGCUAAUUGGGGAAAAAAAUCUCAUGAACUGUUUCUCCUGGUUUCAAAGCUUGAUAUUAAAUCAUAACUUUACAUUCUUUGUAUUAAAAGUCUUAAAAGUAUUAAGGUUGACAGGGAUCUCAUAGUCCUAUGAUUGUGGCUUAUCAGAACCUAAAGAGCACUAUAGAAUGCAGAAAGAUGGAUGAAUGUCUGAAAGGUUGCAGAAGGAUUGCUGAAUGUCUUCUAUUUAAUAGUAUUAUACAUUGUUAAGCUACAGAAGAGAAAAUGAAGACGAUUGUGUUAUCCAUUUAAUCAGUAACAGCAUUUGUCUGCAAUAUGAAAACUUCAAUUGUGGUGGGGUUAUUUACAAACUCUUUGUCAGGGCAACCAAUUCUGGCUUUUUAUGCAGUUUUGAAAAGAAUAUAAGUCAAUCACUUGGUCAUUAUGUUUUUAAAUUGUGCCUGGAAAUUGUAUUCCAGAACUGGUCAAAUUUGGGGGUUUCUCCCAUUUUUCUUUAACAUUUCAUUGGGAAACCUUUUUGUUUCCUUUAUUAGUCUAGGUUCAGUGAGUAAUUUUUUAAAACUAUUUUCAGAGCUGCUAACCUAUUUUAUGGCAGGAUAUGAUGUUAAAAAUAUUGCAUUAUAUUAUGAGCUCAAAGGUGGUGUUCCGGUGCUAGGGUUAAAAAUAUGUAUGUAUAUAAUUUCCCUUUUUUAUCUGAAACUGCAGUUGAAUGUUUAGUAUGGCACAUGACAAAUACCUUUUGAAUCUGUCAUUUCUUUUAAAAGAAAAAUGAAUGCAGCUUGUAGUGUUGUCUCAACACUGUUUUUUUUAUUUUUUUUUCUUGCUACUUUAAGAUCUCUAAAAAGAGUAUUAAAAAAGAUUCAAAGAACACAAUAGUUUUCUUGAAUUAAAAUACAAAAUACUUAAAGGUUCUUUAGGGCAGUGUUUAUAACAGGUAUGUCUAUUCUAGUCCUACCUGCUAAUAUAAAAUUUUCAGUAUAGACAUAAAAUUGCACCUUUUAAUCAAUUCUUUAAAAAUCUCUACCAUACUAUAAACAUGCAUUUUCAAUCUGUAAGAAAGUAUAUAUGCAGUAUUUAACCAGAAAAAUAUGCUGCCACUAGAGUUUGGAGGUGGAUCUUCAGUUUACAGUGUAUACAUUUAAAAUAUGCAUCCCUUUAAACAAUGCUUUGUGUUAGCAUGCUGCAAAUCAAAUGGCGCUUAAUAUAACAAGCUGGUCUAGGGCUAUUUAAUGAAAAACCUGUUCAUAAAUGUUAUGCAUAUAAUGUGUACUUUUUUACUUUUAGUUGCUUCAUGUUUGCACACAGCUGUUCACAUGAUAAAUUGUAACUUUACUUCAUGCUAUAUUGUGGCUUUGUGUUUCAGAUAAUGUUCAUAUUUUGUUUUUGCACCAGAUGAGAAUCAGUUCCUUGAGAAUAAAUUUUUUUUAUAUUUCUAAACUUCAGAAAGCUAAAUUGGGAAAUCUCUUAGAAAAAUAAGUGUUUUAUGUGGCUGUAAAAAAUGAUGUACACGCUGUAAAAUAAGAUUGUCACUGUUACGUGAGAUUAUUAUUUCUAAAUGUGUUACUCAUCGUAAUGAGCAUACAAUAAAAUGCAUCUCUUGCACUCCAAGGUU